UCAAUAGGUUAUUCUAAUACUACGAGUAUAAAAGAUACUUAAACAGACAGAGAAAUGAGAAUUUAAACUCGUUAUGAAUAUAACAAUUUACAAAAUUUGAAAAUUUGGAAAAAAUGUAAAACAUAAACAUGAAGAUAUUUUUAGUCAUAUUCGGACAAAUUAGUUUGUUGAGUCAUUUUCCUACAAUUUUUACAACUAGUCUGCCGUUUUCUCCGCUAUGGUUGAUAGAAAGUGACGGCAUCAAAAGAGGAUUAAUAAAUCAACAGUUAAAAGAUUCACAGACACUGGAUUACAAUGUUGAUGUCUUGGAUGGAACUACUUUAGGAUUGCUUAUACUAGCUAUCGUGUUACUAUGGAUACAUGGAAUAAUAUUCACAGCAUUUGGAUGUAUGCUUGUAAAGAGAAUGCUUGUAAUGAGAAGGACCCCUAGCGGACUUUGUUACAAAGUCUUCAUAAAAUGCGUUUAUGUUAGCAUAGGAUUGUACAUCAUCGCCAGUUUUGUGAUGUUGACAGCAUGUGUUAGAUUCGCUGCGAUCUUCCCAAUGGAGAAGAUAAGUUAUGCUUUCUACUAUACCAUGGCGGUAUUUUGUUAUAUUUGGCUUGUGGUUUUGAUAUUCAUUUGCGAUCACAUCUGCAAAAGAAGGAGAGAUGAAAAUGUUUUUCACACGCUUGUUUGCGGGCUUCGUGAGUACAACGAUGAUUUUAUAUGACACUGGAGUGAUAAAGAGAAUACAACGAAUCUUUGCUAAACAUUCAUUAAACAUGUCUGUCUGUUAUGUAUCAGCGUGUCAAUAUCAUUUUGUCAGUCAAUUUGUUUUUGACUGCGGACAAACAAUUUCAUUCGAAUAUACCUGUGACGACAUUUGGUAUUUCAAAUGAACUCUUUACAGAAGUGCAAACAAGAAUAAUUCAGCAGUGGCCACAAAGCGCUGCAUUACAUAUUUAAUGAAUUCAAAGACCUUUGCUCACAUGCAGUAUAGUCCCCCUUACCCAGUAAAAGCAGAGUGUUUUUUCAUUAGAUCUAGUAAAAAAAUAGAUCACUACAAGGCAUUGAUGCGCGCUCAAUUUCGUCAGAAUUUCUUCAUUAACCAGUUAUUGACCUUUAACUAUUUAACAAUUUAUUCCCAAAUAACAGAGUAAUCCAUGGAUCUUCAUGAAGUUUAACACAAAUAUAAAUCACUAUAGGGCGGUGGUGCAUGCAUAUCUUUCAUCAAAACCUCUUCCGUUACUGCAGAGUUAUUGCCCUUUAAUUGCUUUAAAAAUCAUAAAUUCC